GAAAUUUUAAUCAGUGCUAGAGACAUCACUUGAAUACAAUCUUGGUAAUACAUAGCCAUCAUCACCUCAAUGACUCCAAACUUAUAGUACAAAAAAUUAUGGGGAGAAAACUAAGAAAGAUUCGCCUUUUUUCAGUAACAACACAUACUAAGGACAAAAAUCAUCCUUACAACAAUUAUUGGUCCAAAAGUAUUACUGGAUGUUAUAAAGUCACUGCUCUAUUCUUGUUUAUGUGACCAUCUAGCUGAACUAUGGAAAGUAAGAAAUUGUUGUUGGUAAUAAUAUUGUCUAUGCUUUUAGUUUUUGAAAAAGGGGCGUCGACGACAGUAACUUAUGAUCACAAGGCAUUGGUUAUUGAUGGAAAGAGGAGAAUUUUGCAAUCAGGAUCAAUACAUUAUCCAAGAACUACACCUGAAAUAUGGCCAGAGAUCAUUAGAAAGGCUAAGGAAGGCGGAUUGGACGUGAUAGAGAGUUAUGUUUUCUGGAAUUAUCAUGAACCUGUCAAAGGAGAGUACUACUUUGAAGGCAGGUUUGACCUUGUACGGUUUGUGAAGACAGUACAAGAAGCUGGCCUAUACGUGCAUCUCCGUAUAGGUCCAUAUGCCUGUGCUGAAUGGAACUAUGGGGGCUUCCCUAUGUGGCUACACUUUAUCCCUGGAAUAAAGUUUCGAACAACAAAUGAACUUUUUAAGAAUGAAAUGAAACUCUUUCUUGCCAAGAUUGUUGAUCUUAUGAAGGAUGAGAACCUCUUCGCUACACAAGGAGGUCCAAUCAUACUCGCUCAGGUUGUUUCUUUCAUCUUUGUGAUGAUGGAUGUCUUUGUGGUAGAAAAUGAGUAUGGAAAUGUUGAAUGGGCAUAUGGAGUCAGCGGAGAGCUAUAUGUAAAAUGGGCUGCAGAAACUGCUGUUAAUCUUAAUACGACCGUCCCUUGGGUGAUGUGUGCACAAGAAGAUGCACCUGAUUCAGUUAUAAACACAUGUAAUGGAUUCUAUUGUGAUCGCUUCACUCCAAAUUCCCUGUCCAAGCCAAAGAUGUGGACAGAAAACUACGUUGGAUGGUUCCUUGCAUUUGGUUAUCCUGUUCCUUUUCGACCUGUUGAAGACUUGGCUUUUGCUGUAGCACGUUUUUUUGAAACUGGUGGUACAUUUCAAAAUUAUUACAUGUAUUUUGGUGGCACCAAUUUUGGUCGAACAGCUGGAGGUCCUCUAGUAGCAACAAGCUACGACUAUGAUGCCCCCAUAGAUGAGUAUGGUUUCAUAAGUCAGCCAAAGUGGGGCCACCUACGCGAUUUACACAAGGCUAUAAAACACUGUGAAGAAUAUUUGGUCAAUGCAGAUCCAAUUCAUUUGUCCCUUGGUCUGAAACUUGAGGCACAUGUAUAUUACAAGAGCUCCAAUGACUGUGCAGCCUUCCUUGCUAACUAUGGUAACAGUUCAGAUGCAAAUGUUACAUUUAAUGGGAAGUCAUAUUUUCUUCAUGCUUGGUCUGUUAGCAUCCUUCCAGACUGUAAGAAUGUCAUAUUCAACACGGCGAAGGUUGUUUCACAAAAAACGACAGGAAGUACAGCAUUUACUCACAACACGGUUACUAUUGAAAAUUCGCUGGAGUCAGAUCCUUGGGGCUGGUACCAAGAAAAAGUUGGCAUCGCGAAUAAUCAUUCGUUUGCAUCACCGCGCUUACUAGAGCAGAUAAAUACAACAAAGGAUACCAGUGAUUUCCUUUGGUAUACAACAAGUAUAAAUGUGGAGGAGAACAUCAAGAAGAGGAAAGCCAAAGAAUUGCAGUUAAUGGUUGGAAGCUUAGGACAUGCAGCUCUUGUUUUUGUAAACAAGAAACCAGUUGGAUUUGGCUAUGGUAAUCAUGAUGAUGCAAGCUUUGUGCUAAGUAAGAAAAUCCAUCUUAAGCAAGGAAACAACACAGUGGACAUAUUGAGCAUGAUGGUUGGUUUGCAGAACUAUGGACCAUGGUUUGACAUCUCUGGAGCAGGUGUAUUUUCUGUUAUCUUCAGUGAUUUGAAGAAUUCCAAGAAUUUUUCUUCUACAGAAUGGAUCUACCAGGUAGGUCUUGAAGGUGAGUAUCUUGGACUUGAUAAAGUUAGUCUUGCAAAUAGUUCUCUGUGGAUUCAGGGGAGUUCUGUCCCAGUACAUCAGAGUUUGAUAUGGUACAAGACAAGUUUUUCUCCUCCAGAAGGAAGAGGCCCUAUAUCGCUAAAUCUGUCAAGUAUGGGUAAAGGUCAGGCAUGGGUAAAUGGGCAGCAUAUAGGGAGAUACUGGUCUUCUUAUCGUUCACCCUCAACAGGCUGUUCUGAUAAUUGUGACUACAGAGGAGCUUAUGAUUCAUGGAAAUGUUUGAAGAAAUGUGGUCAACCUGCUCAAGUGUUGUACCAUGUACCACGCAGUUGGUUAAAGCCAGAAAAGAACUUGCUUGUGCUGCAUGAAGAGCUUGGUGGUGACCCUUCAAAAAUAUCUUUCUCAACGCGAUCUGGGCAAACAAUUUGUGCUCAUGUAUCUGAGUUAGAUCCUCCACCUGUUGAUACUUGGAAGACAGACAAAGAUCAAACAUCUCAAGAACCUUCAUUGCAACUGAAUUGUGAGCAAGGAUGGACUAUCACCGCAGUUAACUUUGCUAGCUUUGGAACUCCUACAGGAGAUUGUGGAGCAUUCAUUGAAGGGAGUUGCCAUUGGGAUGUGUUAUCCAUAGUUCAUCAGGGGUGUGUGGGCAAGUCAGGAUGUUCCAUUCCUAUCACCAUGGCUAAACUUGGUGACCCAUGUCCUGGAGUACAAAAAAGUCUGGCUGUUGAAGCUUUUUGCAGUGUUUGAAUCAUCAAAUUCUAUGGUUGGUGUAGUCAUUAGCUUAGCGUGGUAACCUUCUUUGUCAAAUUUUCUGCUUCUAGCAAUCAAAUGUACUGGUCUUUGUUUUAGCCAGAGCCAGCUUUACUUCGGUACAGCCCUAAUCUUGAUGAUACAAAAGAGUUUAUAAGUCAACCUUUGCUCUUUUUUCA